AUGUCGAGCAAUCAACACCAAGUUUUAUUAGCUGGAGAGUAUGCAGAACGUCGUCUCUUAUCACGUAAAUCACCUUUAGCAGCAUUUACAUCUCAAUUGGAAGAAAAGAAAUCAUUUACAUUGUUAAUCCAAUCAAGAGAAGAAUUUGAGCAACAUCAGGGACAGAAUGAAGAGCUACGACAGUUAGAAGAAGAAGAAGCAGACGAAAGAGGAGGAGAAGAAGGAGAAGGAUUGAAGAAGAAGAAGAAGCAACUGGAAUGGCCUGAGAAAGAAGGAAUUGAUGGGUCAAUAUUCUUAAGUAUUGAACCAAAAUGUAUUCAAAUUGGGCAUGAAAUUGGUAAAGGAGCAUUCUCAGUUGUGUAUGCUGGUAAAUAUCAAGGACAAGAUGUGGCUGUAAAGUGUCAACCAAAAGAUGCACAAGAUAAAAUUCCUGAUUUUGUCAUACGUGAAGUGCAAGUAUUGCGACUACUGCGUCAUUCGAGGCUAUUAAAGUAUAUUGGAGCUGCAGAUAACGUCCGUGCAAAGCAAGUUUGGAUUUUGAGUGAAUAUCUAAACAACGGGGACGUUGACCUACUGCUAAAAGCUAUACGCAGUGAAAAGAAGCGUCAUGUUGGGUGGCAUCGAAUGGUGCAUAUUGCAUUGGAUGCAGCCCAGGGCAUUGAAUUUCUACAGAUGAGACACAUUGUUCACCGCGAUAUUAAAUCAUCCAAUAUUCUACUGGAUGAUCAGUACCGUGCCAAGCUUUGUGAUUUCGGCUUUGCAGUCAAGAUCAAGCCUGUCAAGGCAAUAGCAAAUGGUGCAGCCGAGCUUGAAGCAAGUAAACAGCGCUGCAAAUCGUACUGCGGUACAGACGCCUACAUGGCACCUGAAAUGUUCUUGGACGAGGACUACGAUCAAAGUGUGGACAUUUUCAGCUUUGGUGUGGUGCUUAUGGAAAUGUUGUGUUGUCGUGUCGCUAAUUCCGAUGGGUUCUUGAUGCGCCUUCCUCAAUUUAAGUUUCAGGUGUCUCUGGCAGAGUUUCGUGCUGCUCUUCCAUCCUCGUGCCCCUCAGCGCUUGCUGCCGUCGCCGAGCAGUGCGUGUCAUUUGAGCCAAGCGAGCGCCCCAAAAUUAAGAUUAUUGUGCAAACACUUGAAGAUGUACUGAAGCACACCAGCAGCUCGCACCGCGACGUUGUGGAGCUCGUCCAUUUUACGCCUGAUGAGCGUGAGCCGCAAAUUGAUGCAGACGAUGACGCUUGCCACGGUGAAAACGAUGAGGAUGGUUAUGAUGAUGAUGAGGGAGACGAUGAAGAGGAAGAUGACGACAAGGAAAUUGAGGAAGACCAAAGUAGGUACAAUUUGCAAGCACAUGGUCGCCACAAUAAGAUGGGCAUGGAGUCGGACGAAGAAGAGCGCAGUGUGCGCUCGCAAGUCGUGGACAACCCGUUUUUAUACGAUGGGAGUGUUGAUAAUGACGUGAAAGCACUGCGCUCAUCUCCAGCUCCUUACCAUGAAGGAGUGAUUCUGAAGCGUGGUCGUCGCGGUAAGCGCUUUUGGGUUGAGAAAUGGUUCAUCGUCGACCACGACCAGCUUCGAUACACAGACGUCCCGCCUCUUUGGCAACAACAUCAGCAACAGAAUCGGGAGUGGCGCUGCACGCUGCCGCCCAUUUCAUCGCUUUCGCUUCGCGGGUGUCGCAUCUGGAAAACAAUGGAGAUGCCUGAACUACGGUUCAACGUGAUUGAUAUCAACUGGAAGAUCAAGCGCGAACUUCAAGCCGUGUCAAAGCGCGACCUUGAGUUGUGGAUAGAACUUAUUAGUCAGGCCAUUGACUACGCUAAUGACAUCUAUUCGCGUGAGCACAAUAUGCGAAAUAAUAGUACGACAGGAACAAGCGCGAAUAGCAGUAACGCGAGCUACCCCAAUCGCAACAAGGUCAGUGAAAUGCAGCCGCAGAGCCAAGCGCCGUCGAAGCCACUGGACCAGAGGCCAAAAGAAAAGGCUGAUGUUGUGGGCCCGCGGAACAAUAAACGCCGAAGUAGUGCCACGAAAUUUGACGAACCACCUGAGUUGCCUGAGUCGAAGGAGGACCGUGCAGAUGAAGUGUAUGUCUGGCUCAAGCAGAUUGGCUUCCAGCGGUACACGCCAAUGCUGAAAGCAAAGGGCUUUGAUUCACUUGACUUUAUUCGCGAGACAGGCAUUGAGAUGGAAGAUUUAAAUUUUGUGGGCAUCAAGGAGCCCGUUGCCCGCAAAUCGAUUCGCUCUGCAGCUAGAGCACUGCGAGGUGAUGAUGAUGAUGAUUGA